CAGAUCAUCAUGGCUACUGGUGGUGUGUGGACGUACAAAGAGUUGAUACUGUGUAUUCUGGUGUGUGUGGGCCAUGAUGUGUGUGGGGGACGCCGUACUCAGGCUAAAAUCGAAGCCAUAUUUGCAUCAGGAGUCAGUCGUAAGUGGGAACAUGAACGUAGAACGGUGUUGGUGGCUGGCGAGGAGACAGAGCUUGAAUUAUGGGGCUCGGGACUAUCGAGGGGACUGGAAGCAGGGCUGACGGCGGCGCGGGGGGUGCAAGGGGCGCCGUGCCGGGCCCUUGUCACGCCCCCUCUUAUCCCCAAUCUCAACCUUGUAACACGCAAUCACGCCGUCUUCAGCGUACCUGCUGCCCAUACUCAACAUAUCCCACUUAAAAGCACCAUGGAACUAUGGGUGUGUACACGCGAGCAGCACCAGCACCCAUACACCAGCAGUGGACGAACCCGUCACACGGGCGGCUGGGUCCACCAGGGAGAGCCCUCAAGCCUUCUGUUGGUUGCUAAUCCCCAGCACAACCCAGCACACAGACUAAGUCUGCGGAGUGCUGAACAUCCGCCCCCUCCCGAGGUCCCUGUAGAACCCUCUCCUCCCACCCCAACCACCACUGUGCCCACCUCUGACACAGCCUCUCUUGCUGUUAGUAACGGGCCGCAGGAGGCUGGGAAACACGAGAAUGUGGGCAGCAGAUUGGUGACGACAACGGUGGUGGUAGAGGAUGGGGAGCUGGAAAUAACCACCGCUGCUGGCAUUGUCACUGAUAGCGACGUGAACGGAGCUGUGGAGAACGUCACACUUCCUGACACAAAGAUGAGGGACACGGAGAAGUCCCUAACCAACGUCCAGAAUGAUGAACGUUUGAAUGAUAAAAAAAUGUUGGACAGUAAUUUGGAGGAAACUAAAGUAGAGGAAACCACAAAAAUGAGAGUGAGUGAGUUGAGUGACGGAGUGGAGACUGCUACGGUGUCAAAGAUGUCAGCUGACGUUAUGUUCGGGGAUAUGCCCAGCCCCGUGGAAAGUGGUGAUGGGUCUAGAACUACUAAUACAGAGGAAGCCAGUGAUAAGGCAAUGCUUAAAGAUGAGGCAAGAACUAGUGCAGACAGGGCAGGGGUAAGGGCGAGUGACAAAUUUGUAGAUAAUGGUAAGGAGGAACUGGAGUUAACAGAUGACAUGAUGACUCUCAUGAAGAAUGAAGUGGGAGGGGCUAGCGCGGGUGUUGUGAACGGGAGUGGUAGAGACAUUGAUGAAAGUCCUGGAUCACCCCCUGACAGUAGUGACUUCCCUGGCGGCGACACUGUCUCGCCUUCGGGAGCUGUGGCCAGUAGAAUGGUUAAGGUGACUGGUCUCCGGGUGGAAUCUCACAGCAAGGGUCUCGAAUAUGAUGAGGAGUUGGCCGGCAGCCUUCUAGCCCACACAAACGCCACGGUCAGGUUCUUCGGCGAGGCCUUCACCCACAACACCGAAAUCCUGUUUACCGCUUACGAAGGUGAAGUGGGCAACACCUGCGGCGCCCACACUACCAAGGCCUUCACGUUAAUGGAUCUGGGUGACGGGUGGGCGGUGACCACUAUCAUGCUGCCUCCUAUGAGCGCCGAGCAGAAGCGGUGGUACCUGUGUGUGAGGGACAGUCCCCAGGACCAGGCCUACCACCAGGGCAAUGAUCCAUGGCUCACCAUGACCUCCUACAGCCUCCUCCUGCCACUCUGGGUACAGGGGUGUAUCCUGUUGGUGCUGCUCAUCAUGUCGGGCUUGUUCUCUGGCCUCAACCUGGGCCUCAUGUCGCUGGACAAGACGGAGCUCAAAAUAGUAUCAAACACGGGAUCGCCCAAUGAACGUCGGUACGCGCGAGCCAUCGAGCCCGUGAGGCGUCAUGGUAACUUCUUGCUGUGCACGCUGCUGCUCGGUAACGUGCUCGUCAACUCCACCCUCACCAUCCUCCUCGACAACCUCUCCACAGGACUCAUCGCCGUCCUCGGUUCAACCAUCGGCAUCGUCAUCUUCGGAGAGAUCAUUCCUCAAGCCAUCUGCUCGCGUCACGGGCUGGCUAUCGGGGCGAGGACUGUGUGGCUGGUGCGAGUGUUCAUGGUCCUCACUGGGCCAGCAGCUUACCCCAUCUCCAAGAUACUGGACUACUUGUUGGGGGAGGAGAUCGGUAACACCUACAACCGGGAGCGUCUCAAGGAGCUUAUUAAG